ACGAACUUCGCUCGGACAUGUUUUCGCGGUAGCUACGGCUCUUCCCACUCGUCAAAGUCAACAUGACUCUCUCGCCUCUUCUCCCCCUCUUUCCCCGACUUCAUCUUCUCGCUCUCACUCCUCCCGAGCUCCGCAGCAAUGGCGACGCUACGCACGCUACUGCGAGAGCUCUUCUCUCUCGCGACCUACAUGAGCCCUCUCGUGGAGAAGGUGGCCGAGGCCGCGGUGGACCUCGGCCGCGCCGGCGCCGCGUCGGCGUUGGGCUCCCUCUCCGACGUCCUCUCGGUGGACUCCAAGCUCGAGGAGCUCCGCCGCAUCGUGGGCCGCAUCCACGCCCUCCUCAGGGACGCCGAGGAGACCCGCUUCGUCGAGGACGCCGCCGUGCGCAACUGGCUCCGCGAGCUCGGCGGCGUCGCCCUUGACGCCGACGACGUCCUCGACGAGUUCCGAACCAUAGUCGACGCCCAGAAGCUCCGGAUCGACGAUCGGCGCCGGAAGCGGAAGAGGCCCUGGUACGAUCUCUCCUCGUCCUGUUACCCUUGUGUCGCAAAUCUCCUCCUCUUGGUCCAAAGAUGGAAAAUUUCGACCAAAAUAGUGGAAAUUAUGGAGAUUUAUGAUGGGGUUUGUAAGGGUAGGGAGAAUCUCCAGAUGAAGGAGGGCGAUGCGACGCGGAGGGCCAUGCGGAGGGGAAAUGAAGGCGAUGCGCUCUUGGCGCCCGCGGGGUCUCUCGGCGGCGAAGUCCGGGUUGUGGGAAUGAAUCAAGAGAGGGAGAGAGUUGCUGAGUUGCUGAAUUCGAUGGAUGAGGAUGCAAUUUCCGUAGUUUCGGUUGUCGGUGCCGGAGGAACGGGGAAGACGACGCUCGCGAGGCGCGUCUUCGGCGAUGAAUCUGCAGACCAGCUGUUUGAUCUGAGAAUUUGGGUCGGCGUUCCUCGCGGGUGCGACGUCGAGAGGGCCACAGGAGAGAUAAUUGAGGCGAUAACGCGAGAGAGUUGCUGUAGUAAAAGCUUGGACUCACUGCAACGGCUCCUCGGGGAGCUUGUGAACGAGAAGCGCUUCUUGCUCGUGCUCGACGAUUUGUCGAACGAAGACCUCUUCUUCUGGGAGAUAUUGCGAGCUCCUUUGCUGAAAGGAAAGAAAGGAAGCAAAGUGCUAGUAACUACAAGGAGCAAUGUGGUCUCGCGGAACAUGCGGUCGUCGCACCCCAUCCACUUAACCGGUCUCAGCGAGGAUGAUUGUUGGUUGAUUUUUCGUGAGCACGCGUUUGAUCAGGGAGUUUGGGCUCAGCACCCGAAUUUGGAGCUAAUCGGACAAGAAAUUAUCCGCAAGUGUCAGCACUCGCCUCUGGCGGCCAAAUCGAUUGGUGGACUAUUGUAUGGUAAUACCGAUGAAGAGGAGUGGAGAAGUGUUCUAGGUGAUUUGCCUGAAACUGAAGAAGAUGCGAACAAAAUCCUGUUGACUUUGAAGGUGAGUUACGAUUACUUGCCGUUUCAUCUGAAACGAUGCUUCGCGUUCUGUUCUGUAUUUCCUAGCGGCCACGAAUUUGAUCGAGAUGAGCUGGUCAAGUUGUGGAUCGCAGUAGGUUUUAUCAAGCCCAGGCGGAACAGGUCGUUGGAGAACAUUGGCGGCAAGUAUUUUGAUUACUUACUGUGGAGAUCAUUUUUCCAGAUAUCCAAUGGUCGUAACCAAUCGAAACCAAAGUUUAAAAUGCCGGGCCUAAUCCAUGAGUUAGCGCAGUCUGUUUCUGGGUGUGAUUGUUUUAGAUUGGAUGAUGAUGCAGUGAACGAUGAGCCAGAGAAUGCUCGCUAUUUCUUAUCACGUACAAGCAGUAUGGACGACACAGCUUACUAUAAAAUUUACAAGAAUACAAGUUUACGGGCUUUAGUACUUCAGAAUGCCGAGAAUUGUGUAACCGCCGCGCCAGUCCGAGAUGAUUUAUUCUUGAAUCUAAGAUAUUUGCGUGCCUUAGAUUUAAGCGACAAUGGAUUGACAGCAUUGCCAGACUCGGUUGGUGAUUUAAUUCACCUUCGGUACCUCAAUCUCCACAGAACACAAAUAGAGAAGUUACCCGAAUCAAUAUGCAACCUCUAUAAUCUUCAAGUAUUGGAGCUGGGUGAGUGUCGGAAUCUUGCAGAGCUACCGAAAGGCGUGAGAAAUCUAAUUCACCUAAGGCAUCUGGGAUUGCAUCUGGACUGGGCGGGGCAAAGAAGUAAUUGGACUGAUUUGAUUUCCAUGCCGCCAGGAAUCGGCAGUCUAACUUCUCUUCAAACGUUGUCGAGGUUUAGUGCGUCCUCUGAGAGCGCAUGCAGUAUCGGGCAGUUAAAGAAUUUGCGAAAUCUCCGAGGAGAGCUGUGCAUCUCGAAGCUCGAAAAUGUGCUCGAUGAAAAUGAAGCCAAAGAAGCCAAUUUGAGAAAUAAGCCUUUUGUUGAUGCUGUUAUGCUGCGGUGGAGCGAGGGGGGAAACGGGAGCUUCUCUACUUCAGGAAGCCGGCCAGGAGAAGUGCUCGAACACUUGUGCCCUAGCACCAGACUCAAGUACUUACAGAUAGAGAACUAUAACGGCGCGAGAUUUCCGAAUUGGCUCGAGGAUCCAUCCUUUUCAUCUUUAGAGACGCUGCGACUCUCCAACUGCAAACAAUGCGACACCCUCCCGCUCGUCGGGAAGUUGCCCAAACUUAAACAUCUCUACUUCGAAGGACUACAUGGAUUAAAACAUAUGGGCCAUGAUCCUUUCAUUGGAUUUCCGUCACUGGAGAUGCUCUACGUUUCGGACAUGAGUACAAUGGAGAGCUGGUACGAAGUAGGAGAAGGCGCAAUGCCGCGCCUUAGGAAACUCGUCGUCUCAAAUUGCCCGCGGUUGCACGAACCGUUUCAGCUCGCAAACUCGCUUCAAAGGGUCGAAAUAAGAGAUUGCCCGAUGAUCACAGCACUGCCGCAGGAAAUGCCGGUCUCGCUCGAGCAUUUGGCCAUUACCGGAUGCCCCGCGCUGCAGCAAAGUUGCCAGAUGGAUGGAUCUGAGUGGCCCAAGAUACAGAACAUCCCUCAUAAAGCAAUUGGUUGAGAUUUUGAAUCAUAUACCUUGUAUGGCAAUUUUUCUAUUUUACUCAUUUGUAAUGAGUAACAUUUCAAAUUUCGCCAUUUAAUUAAUGCUUGAUGUAACAGCGAUGUAGCAGAGUUGAUAAUUUAGCUCUUGUAAUGCGACAGUUUGUUCA